AUGAAUUAAGUAUAGAUUGCUGAAAACCUUAAUUUGAGUGAAUAAGAACUACUCUUAUUAUCAAAGUCAUAUAGAAGCUGCCCUCUUCAUCCUAAGAAUUGGAUUGUUUCUCUCAGUACAAACCCUAACUCUACUCAAUUUCUCUAAUGCGCCAGAUGCCUAUCUUAAAAUCCUAAUUAGAAUACUCUUGAUCUUAUAAGUCUUAUUGAGGAAAAUGAAAAAACUCUUUUUCAUAAUUGGCCUGUAUAAGGAGACAACUAACUUUAGUAGAAUCUUUAAUUGGUAUUUUAAGGUGAUUUCUCUGUAGAAGGCUUAUAAUAGAAGAUUACAUCAUAUUUUUAGAAUUUAAGAAAAUCAAUCCAAGAAAAAAUAAAUCAAAAAGAAUAACAAAUGCUUUAGUAAGCUAAAUCUCUAUGGAAUAUAGGAGAAUAAGUUAUCAUUUAGUACAACUAAUUUGCUGAAAAAGAUAACUUGAAGAAAAUUAUUACAUAACUAAAUGGUGAUUUCAACAAAUAAAAUUUACUUCUGAAAGAAACAAUUUGCAGGAUUACUAAUAAUCAAAAUAAUUAUAAGCAAAUUUUGUAAGAAACAGUUAAUCGCUUUGAAAAUUUGAAGUCUUUAAUUAACUUUGAUACAGCUUAGGAAGUCAAUUAGAAUAUUUUACAACUUUUAGAUUCAAUUGAUAUGUUUGUAAUCAAAAAUUUCUAAGAAAUCAAAGUAAAUACACAUUCCCAAAAUUAAGAUUUUAAAUUUGAUAAUUUAAAUAAUGUGAGAGUUAAAGACUUGACAACGAGCCAGCUAAUAGUAAAAUUAAUAAGCAACAAGCUAAAUUACUGCUCUGAAGAAUUGCUUGCUAAACUCUAGGAAAUAAUAAAAAAGCUAUCCCUUAUAAUCGACUAACAUGAUGUAAAAGAUUAUCUGAAUGAAGACUUAAUUAAAAUAGAUUUUUAAAAAUUAGAAAGCAAUUAGAUUUUACCUUUUAUUAAUAAUAUUGAUUUCUCAAAUUAUUUAUUACCUGAUAAAUAAUCUAUAACUGGUGAGUAGCUAACUGAACAAUAGAUCAUAGAAAUAUCAAAUUUAACAAAAAGCAUAGAAACAAAUAAUACAAUGAAUAAUUAAAAUGAAAUAGAAUAAUAAGAAUAAUAGCUUAACUAAGAUAUUAAAAAUCUAAUUUCAUUAAUUGAAAAUAAAACAAACUUUUGUAGUGCUUAGUUUAUUUAAAAUGCAAAAGAAGUUACAAAUAAUAACAAAUAAAUAAUAAAAAAUUUAUUCUUGAAUGAAAAUAUUUUCUAAAAUGGUCAUAAUACAAAUAUAAAUUUCUCUAAGUUUAAUGAGAAUCAACUAAUUAACUUACAAAAAUUAGCAGAUAAAAUUUCAGAGCUUACUUUAAAGUUUGGAGACAAUUAUUAUAACAGUUAAUCUCCUAUAAAAGAAUAAUAAAAUUAUUCUUAAAUAGUAUCAUGUUUACUUGUCAAAUAACCUUAAAGUCUUUUUGGUUAAAUUAUGACAUGUAAUAAGUUGGAACCUAAUCUAAACUAUAUAUUUAGAUGCAAAGUUAGCAAAUAUUUAAAUUGUAGUGGUAUUAUUUUUGGAAUUAUGAAAACAAAAUUUAUACAUAGUCAAGAGUUGUAUAGUGAAAACUGUUGUUUUUAUUCUAAUAGUAAUGGUUUUGGAUUAAAUAAAAUUAUAUAAGGAAAGAAUUUAAAUGAAGUAAGAGAUUAGAUUAAUUUUGUUGAGAUAAGAGUAAAUGUAUAGACAAGAAAAGUGUUAUUUAUGGAUUAUCCUCAUUACAAAAAUAUUAAUUAAAUGAAUGAAGAAAAUAUGUUAGUAAAUACAGAUUAUAGUUUUGGAGUGUACUUUAAUACCCCAGGCGAUGACUAUUAAGUAGAAAUAGAAAGUUAUGUUGUAGAUGAUUUAAGUUUAGAUAAGCAAUAACAUUGUAGCAUUUUUUGA